AUGUUCAGCAGCAUGUCACAGUCACAGGAGUGCAGAGGCUUUAAACAGCUCAUGCCCGGCGAUGAAACAGGUGGACUCUACAUCUUGCUGCUGGUGUCCCUCUUCCCACUGUACUACUGGUGCUUUACAGACGAAAGUGCUGAGGAUGAGUUUGAAAUAUCCUUUGUUUGCCAUCGGCCUGAUGAUCUGGACAUACUACAGGAAGAGACUGAAUUCAGCAAGAAAGAGCUGCAGUUCCUCUACAGGGCCUUCAAAAAUGAAUGUCCCAGUGGAGUGGUGACUGAGGACGUGUUUAAACUCAUUUACUCUCAGUUCUUCCCACAGGGAGAUUCAAGCAUUUAUGCACAUUACCUCUUUGAGGCAUUUGACACUAACGGGAAUGGCUGUUUGAGUUUUAAGGAGUUUGUUGCUGGUCUGUCACUCAUCCUUAGAGGCUCAAUAUAUGACCGGUUAAAUUGGGCAUUUAAUUUCUAUGAUCUUGAUAAAGAUGGAUUCAUCACACGAGAGGAGAUGAUGAAGAUCAUGAAGUCGAUUUAUAAUUUGAUGGGGAAGUAUGUGUAUCCCUCCAUACAUGAUGAUACUCCCAGAGAACAUGUGGAAAACUUCUUUCAGAAAAUGGACAGAAACCAUGAUGGAUUGAUCACUAUUGAGGAGUUCAUGGAGUCAUGUCAAAAGGAUGCAAAUAUUAUGCGGUCAAUGCGGCUGUUUGACAGUGUCUUUUAGGAGUUUCUGCCCAGCUGUGGAUUUCGGCACAUUCUUCUCUCUCCAUCAAGAAAUUUCUCCAUCAAGAAUCUUACUGUGUUCACACUGUACUUAUAUAUUAUGCAUUUUUAUAAUAUGUGGGGUUUGCUAUUUUUUUUAUCAUAGAAGGCCUUUAGGGAAGCACACA